AUGGGGGCGUGUUUUAGUGUGGAAGCCUUUUUUCAAAAGGCGGGAUUUAAAGCUUCACAUCAAUUUACUGAAUUAUCUGACAAAGAAUGUUCUGCACCACCUAUAGCCCCGGCAAAUGUGCCACAAAUUAGUAGUCCUGAGCGGAUGAACACUGUUGUUGUAGCUUCAAAAGAUGUGAAGGAUUUGCGUCGAAAUCCAAUAAGUGGACUUGAUAUUUUCUCAUAUAAAGAAAUGAAACUCGCUAUCAAGCACUUUCCACAAGAUCAGGUCCUAGGGGACGGUGGGUUCGGCACUGUUUAUAAAGGAGUUGUAGAUGGCAAUGUGCGGCCUGGUUAUAAGACCAUGAGUGUGGCCAUCAAAGAACUUGAUCCUCAAAGUCAGCAGGGAGACAGGGAAUGGCUGGCCGAAGUGAACUACUUAGGGCAACUACGUCACCCUAACCUUCUCAGGCUCAUUGGCUAUUGCUGUGAGGAUCACCAUAGGCUGUUGGUGUACGAGUAUAUGCAGUCUGGAAGCGUGGAGAAACACUUAUUUCGUAGACGAUCCCUAACAUGGUCAAGAAGGAUGAAAAUUGCAUUAGAUGCUGCGAAGGGACUUGCUUUUCUUCAUAAUGCAGAAAGGCAGAUCAUAUAUAGAGAUUUCAAGACUUCCAACAUCUUACUGGAUGCGGACUUUAAUGCUAAACUGUCUGACUUUGGACUUGCGAAGGAUGGACCUACCGGCGAUCAGACACACGUGUCGACGAGGAUCGUGGGUACGCAUGGUUAUGCUGCUCCAGAGUAUCUUGCGACUGGACAUCUAACUGCAAAAAGUGACGUCUUUGGGUUUGGGGUAGUUUUGCUUGAGUUGCUCACUGGAAGAAGAGCAACAGAAAGAUACGGGUGUAGCGGGGAGUAUAACCUUGUCGAUUGGGUGCGCCGACUGCUGAUUCAACCCAAGUUGCUUUUAAGAAUAAUAGAUCCUAAAAUGGACGGGCAAUACUCAGUGGAAACUGCUACAAAGGUUGCCGGUCUAGCAUCUCUCUGUCUUUGCGAGAAAGCAAAAAAUAGGCCUAAUAUGAGUUAUGUUGUCCAACUACUCGAAGAUGUUAACAAUAAUCGUUUUGAUGAAGUACCUGAACAAACGGAGGGGACAGCGAACAAUGAGCAGCGCUCAUGCAGGCGAAGAUACGAAUUGAUGGGGCAAAAUUGA